UACAACCUCGUCUCUCUUCCCCCCAGAUCGCGCCUUCGUGGUCGCCAACGCCCAGCAUGACUGCCCCAUCAUCUUCGUCAACGAGGGCUUCUGCAGGAUGUCGGGCUUCUCAAGGGCCGACGUCAUGCAGAGGACCUGUACGUGUGACUUCCUGUACGGGCCCAUGACGUCCUCGCAGGCCAUCCAGCAGAUCCAAAAUGCCUUGGCCACGGCGCAGGAGAUUAUGGUGGAGGCGCUCUAUUAUAAGAAGGAUGGGACGAAGUUCAUGUGCCAGACGACGCUGUGCCCCAUCAAGAACGAGGACGGCGACACGUGCAUGUUCAUCGUCAACUUUCAGGACAUGACCACCAAGACCGCCGAGGAGGAGGAGGAGGAGUCUCUCGCGUCCGCCACCAUCCAGUCCAAGUUCAACCGGGCCCGGGCAUCCUUCCGUCAGUCCCUCCGCAUGGGGUCCCUCCGGCGCGGCAAGUCCCCCGCCUCGUCCUCCUCCCCCACGCCCGGCCCCCGCAUGGAGCCCAUCCCCGACCUCCCCUCCGAAGAUCCCCACGAUGACGAGGCAGAGGACGAUGACGAGGACGAGGACGACGAUGACGAUGAGAACGCCAACACCUGCAGGGAGAUCAAGGAGAGCGAGCAAACCGACCCUCUUCUUGGCGACCUGUCCGAGCUCACGACCUUCCCGCCCCACGCCGCCACCACCAUCACGACCACCAGGUCCCCCCCAGACGGUGUUGGUGUGGGAGAGGGCGGGCCGGCCUCCUCCUCCUUCAGGCUCACACCCCGGCCUGCUUCGUACCAGCCUGGAGGAGGAGGAGGAGAAGGAAGAGGAGGAGGAAGAGGGUCACUUCCUACCCCUAGCGGCGCCUCGGACCAGCCUGGCCCACCAAGCACUGCUACCCCUGCCACCCUUAUCGUCUCAGCGCCUAGUGAUAAGAAGUCUGCCAUCGACGCCCUCCAGGUGAGCCGCCCGUCGCUUGCCGCCUUCUUCGAGGACCGCAAGACCUCGCUGCCUAUCUGGCGGCGGAAGGACUCGGCGGCCUCAAGGAAGGACUCUGAAGCCACCACGGCCUCCAAGACCUCGGAAAGGGUCGGGUCCCUUGCCGAGGAGGGCGAGGGCGGUGGCGGCGGCGGGCGGACGAGGGCCAACAUGCGGUCCGCCACCUCGCUGGACGCCAUCAGCCACAACCGCAUCACGCACACACCCCGAGAGUUCCCGUCACGCUCCGCCACCAUCUCCACCAUGUUCCCCAGCGCCCACACCCAGCCUGGUCUCAACGGGCAAAGACACAAGCCAUACACCCUCGACACCCUUGUACCAGCACGCAACAACAUCCUCAAAACCUUCCCCAACGCCUCCUCCGAGUCUGACCUGUCCCGCUACCGCACCAGACUGCCGUGGCGGGACAGGAAGAGCCCCUCGCUGAGCAACCUGACGGCGGACGGCAUCAGACACAAGUUCUCGUUCCAAGACCCCAACGCCGCCAAAGGACUCUUCCCCAACUCCUCCAAGGGACACCAGAAGAUCGACAAGGUGGCGCACGUCGGGCAGGUGGUAGGCGCCGCGGCCAACCUGGGGCUGCUGACGGUGCCGGUGUGA